AUGUCGUAUAUGUUCCUUCUCUUUGUCACUUUCAAGAUUAUCAAGAAGAAGCUCACAAAGAUACAGGAAGCAAUGGGGUUUCAAACAUCACAUAGCACUAAAAAGAUAGCAUUGCCUAUAUUCAAAGCAAAUGAGGACUCAAGCGAUGCUCAUGAGCACUCUUUAAUUCAAAGGGCACUGAACUUGACUGAUCAGACUCUAACCAAUACCAAGUUCAUUACCUCUGGCUAUGAUUCAUGGAUGGUAAGGCAUCCUUCCGCAUUGCACUCGUUCAAUAGAUUGAUGGAAGAAGCCAUUGGAAAGAGGAUUGUCCUUUUUUUAGACUACGAUGGCACCUUAUCACCAAUUGUAAAUGAUCCUGAUCGUGCUUUCAUGUCUGAUGAGAUGCGUGCAGCAGUAUGUGAAGUUGCUACUUAUUUUCCAACGGCAAUAAUUAGUGGAAGAAGCAGAGAUAAGGUUAAAGAUUUCGUGAAGUUAAAUAAUUUAUAUUAUGCUGGGAGCCAUGGCAUGGACAUAAUGGCACCAUCAAUGCCCGAUGGAUCUUCUGAUUGUGACACUGCCCUUAAAACAAAUGGCAAUGAAGUUCCCUUUCAACCUGCGAAGAAGUUUUUGCCUGCAGUUCGAGAGAUAUUAAGAAGAUUAGAGAAUGGAGUAAAGGAGAUAGAAGGUGCAAAGGUAGAGGACAACAGAUUCUGCAUCUCUGUACAUUUCCGGCAUGUUCAAGAAAAGGAUUAUGGCAUUCUGGAAGAGAAAGUGAAGUCUGUGCUUGAAAAUAAUCCACAAUUUUGCUUAACUGAGGGUAAAAAGGUUAUGGAAAUAAGGCCAUCUAUAGAAUGGAACAAAGGUAAUGCAGUAGAGUAUUUUCUUGACACACUAGGAUUAAGCAGUUCCAGCAAUAUCCUUCCUGUGUAUAUUGGCGAUGAUAGAACUGAUGAAGAUGCUUUUAAGGUCAUACAGAGAGGAGGGCAAGGUUAUCCAAUUAUAGUGACUUCAAUUCAAAGAGAAACAAAUGCUUUGUACUCUUUGCGUGACCCAUCGGAAGUACUAAUCUUCUUGUCCAAGCUGGCAAAAUGGAGGAAAACCUCAUCAUGA